UAGAAAUUACACGUGCGAUCUUUAAUGAUAAUUAGAGAAUCAGCGUUCUUGGUAAAAAGAAACGAUAGUUAUUAACUCGAUAUGCUAUCUCAUUUCAAACCGAUUUGUGAGAUAUAUUGUUUAACGUCCCAUUCAAUGGAUUAGUCUUGAAUAUUGUAUACCGUUUGCUUCAUUUUUUUUUAGUAAUUUUGCAAUCUUAUCAUUUGAUACGAGUGGCAUUUAAUAUAAAUAAUCUAUAUAUAUGUAUUUUUAACAGUUUAAAUAAAAUUAGUAUUACGAAAAGAACGUACGAUUUCUAAAAGGGAAUAUUGAACGUAUAAAUAAAUAAUAAACUAAUUUGCCAAUCAUCAUAACUUCGAGCCGGUCAAAGUUUAAUCAAAGAUGGAAACGCAUGUUGAACUUAUUGCUGAACUUCGCGAAAAAUUCUUUAAAAAAUUGGAGGAAGAAACACCAUCUGAUCCUAGAGGUUUCCAUCCAGCUGAUAUUGUUAGAAUAAAACAUAGUGAUGAUUGGUUAAAAAGAUUUUUAGAACAUAAUGAAAAUGAUUUAGAAGAAUCUUUGUCUAUGCUUUGGGAUACUUGUACUUGGAGAAGAAAAAUUGGUGCAAAUGAUAUUUCAGAGGAUAAUGUGAACUAUUUAGAAGACGGAGUGGUGUUUAAUUAUGGUAAAGAUAAAGAUGGGAAAAGUCUCCUUAUCAUUAAAUCCAAGCAACAUGUAAAGGGAGUAAGAGAUUUUAGUGAAAUUCAGAGAUGCAUUGUUUAUUGGUUUGAAAGAUUAGAAAGAGAAGGAAAUGGAAAUCAAAUAUCAAUAUUUUUUGAUAUGGCAGAGACUGGACUUUCUAAUUUAGAUAUGGAAUUCACUAAGUACCUGACUGGUUUAUUCAAAUGUUAUUAUCCAAAUUUUUUAAAUUAUAUUAUAAUAUUUGAAAUGCCAUGGGUAUUAAAUGCAGCUUUUAAGAUAAUAAAAUCAUGGUUACCUGCUAAGGCAAUACCAAAGAUAAAGUUUGUUAAUAAAUCUAAUUUAAAGGAUUUCGUUGAUCCAAAUGAUAUACUUAAAUGUUGGGGUGGUACAAAUGAUUAUACUUUCGUUUUUGUACCAGAAGAACAAACAAGCACAGAAAAUGCAAUAAAUGACAAACUUGAUAGCAAAAAGGUACAUUUUGUAGAAAAUUCUCCCUUGACGGAACAACCUCCAAGUGGAUUUGGAGAUCAAGUAAGUGAAGAACAAUUUCUCUCAAUCGAACCAGAAGCAGUUACGUUCAACAAGGAAGGGAAUGAAAUCAUUGCUAGGAUCAUAUUAAAAAAUGUCACAACAGACAAGCAUUUGUCUUACAAGAUUAAAACUACAUCGCCGCAGAAAUUCAGGGUAAGACCUAGUUCAGGUAUUAUAUCUCCUUCCGAACGGUGCAGCGUUACAGUUGUUUUUCAACCAGGAUACAAUCUACGUGGUCUCUCGAACAAUGAUAGAUUUUUGGUAAUGUGUCUUCCUGUUAAAAAUUCUACUGCAACUACUCAAGAAUUAAUGGCGAUAUGGAAGUCUGGUAAACCUGCCGAGCAACACAGAUUAAGAUGUUACGAUGGAGCAAACGAAAAUAAUGAAAUACAGAAAACGUAUUCUAUAUUAUCAUCCGGUUCUACAGAAGAAAAUCGUAUGAUGGAUGCACUUUGUUCUAAGGUAAUUCAUUUGGAAGAAAAUUGUAACAAGUUAUACAAGGAAUUAAAAUAUUUGCAAAUAUUCUCUAUAAUAUUAACAAUCGUUAUGGCAGUUGCAAUUAUAUAUAUCUUAAGAAGUGCUAUACAAAAUACUGAUCUUGAAAACUGCCAUAUUCAUCGUGGUAUAUAAAAUAUGCUAAUUUGUGAAAUUUAGCUUAAAAUAUAUGGGACAAUUUCUU